ACGCACUCCACACCUCGUGAAACUCCUGCGAGAGGCAGCACAGGUUGUAUAAAUAGCUCUAGGCUCUAUCCCGAACGCGACACAAACUUCCCAAUCGUCGAUGCCAAGAGAACAUGCAGCCGCUCCGUCGCCAACGUUGCAGGCAUCAUGCAUCGCGCCAAGACAAAACUUGUGGUUCCCGUCAACUUUGCGACGGAAUGGUCAUCCGAAGACGGCACUGCCGUAAAGGUUGACAAAGUUCAGACGCUAUUUGAAACCUUCCUCGUCGAUGACGACUGCAGUGAUCUCGACCAGGAAUGGCUUAGCUUCGUCGAAGACCACCCAGACUGCGGAGACGAACUUUCGCUUCUGGAUCAGAACCUCCUGUCCUUCGGCCGUGUGGAAGACGCUUCUGGUGCGCGCUACGAGGCAACCGUCGACGUCCGAGGUUACCUUCCUGAGGAAGUGUCUGUGAAAGUGGCUGAAGGAUGGGUGCUGGUGUCCGCCGUCAGCAAUCACGAGCAACUGACGGGGAACGAGGAGAAAAAAACCGCUUCCAAGUUUGAGAGACGCUUCGUGCUUCCAAGUGGGAUAGACCCAGAGAGUGUGUCGACGAAGCUUUCUUUGGAUGGUCGCCUAAGAGUGAUGGCCCCCGAUUGGAAUUUGGAGCGAACCUGUGGUGCUCCAGCGAGUUUCAGUGAACCUGGCACGAGUAGUGGUGGUGUUCAGUCUGACGAUUCGAAAAGUUCUAUAGUAAGUCGAUAGCGACGACUUUCUCGGGGAGGUGUAAAUACGUGUAGAGUUGUGAAGCUAACAAUAUGUGAAACGCGGGACUUGUCAUUAAUCUCAGCCUCGUAGAUCUGCAACGUUAACAACUGGGUAAUAUAUGGCUAUACAGCAGGUCACGUUUUGUGUAACGAAGCCACUGAAGAAAUAUACUAUGUGUUUCCUUGUAACACCCUUAAGAAAUAUUUCGAGCAUCUAGCAGUAACUUGUUGCCGUUAUAUUCGUGUUUCUUUGUGCUCCUCCUACGUUUGUGGUUUUCUGCAGCAUAGGUACGGCGAUUUCGCCCCCUUACACAGCACGGGAUCUCACUUAAAGGUACCGUAAACCAGCAGGUUUUAGUGGCAGCGUAGUUUAACAGCUUGUUGCUCGUAGGCCCAACAACAAGAGGUUAUGCAUGUGACAGGGUACGCUAGAUAUUCUUAAUUCGCAAGGAAAAUGGCUCGGGGUGAGGUUUCAUUGGAAAUAAUCCCCAAUUUCUAAAGAAACAGUGAUCUAUGCACCCGAUGCUACGUAGAUGCUCGUCAUAUUUCUUUUGGUUUAGGCACAGUGUUGCGCGCAUGCAGUGUGGUUUUGCCACCGUACUUGACCAGUAAUGCGCAGUUGGUGGCCACUUCCACACAAUGUUGCCAAUAAUUUUUAAUUGUUGAAAAAGCUAUGUUCAAAGCAAUUGGGAGGAAAAUUGUGACGUAAGGGUAACUAAAUUUUCCGAGCUCGACUGCUUUGCAGUUACCUCUACAAACUUCUUCAUGCUACACCGUGAUGCCCUGGGAUAACCGUUCAGUCACCUGCACACUGCAAAAACUGGGUAUCGCGUGCUUUUAUUUGUAUUUGCGUGCGCACUCUAAAACCCAACUUCACUGCAUAGCACAGUCUGCGCUGACCGUUAUGCCGAAUGAUCCAAUCCAGUUAUAUGGCUUCUUUUCUGAUUCAGAUAGAGAGCAUGGCAUACGUCUUUUUGUGGCAGUUAAUCUAUAUUGCCGCAAGGAGGCGUACUGCUCUGAUUUUCAACGAACCAAGAAAGAGAACAAUGCUACUCUGAUUGACAGCUGAUUCUCAGCGUGCUAUGCGGUGAAGUUCCGCUUUGCGAAGCGGUGGUGGUGGUUUCCAACCCCUGCAAUUCGCUUUUGGAAUGUACUACAUUACUAGUCACAGGAAGGUGUAACCUCUCGCUAUGUCCUCCUAGUUGAAAAUGAAAAGGUGUUACUUUGUGCA